CAAUCGAGAGCGGAGGUGGACAACGGCUUCUCCAGCGAGGUGACAUAAAUAUCGGCAGUCACGUGACGUCCUUAUUCCGCAUUCGAGCCAAAUCRUAUGAGAAAGCAAGCGGAGAAAAAAGCAAAGAGUCACGACAACUUACUUAUUUUGGUACAUUAGAUGGAGGACUUGGSUUUUUACUGCCCAUGACUGAGAAAACAUACAGACGUCUACAUAUGUUACAGACAAAACUUGUUGACUGCAUCCCACACAUCGCUGGUCUUAAUCCAAAGUCGUUCAGGAUGCUACAGACUAAUAAGCGUGGACUCUCAAACCCACAUCGUAACAUCUUAGACUGGGAACUCUUAUCAAAGUUUAUCCACCUCGGUUUUAUGGAACGACAAGAGGUGGCAAAGAAGAUUGGCACCACACCAUCACAGAUCCUAGAUGAUGUGAUGGACGUAGAAAGAGCAUGUGACCGWUUCUGAUAAGUUAUACACAUACUCGCCUGUAACGCAUCGUGCUGCAUGUCAACUAUAUGCCGAGCGAGGAGAAUGGAUACUGGUCUAAAGCGUGCCAUAGACAGGACAGAACGAACACUGUAGAUAGUAAGAACUAGCAAAGUACCUAGYUGGGCACGUUAUCAUAGUUCUCCUAAAAGCCCCUCAGUAUUUAGACCCUUUGGGGACAUUUUUCCAAAGGUCUUUAAAAAACUCUUUUUCCAAUAACGCGAAAAGUAAUGUUUGUCAURUCCCAUGAUUCCGUCGUUCCCCGUGCAUUUAUUAUGUGUAACGGUUGACCUAUACUGUAAAAAUAAAAAAAAUAUGCUUUUGA